AUGGCACCUGAAAGCAAUCAUUGCAUUAUUAGUGAUCCUAUCACUGUUCGUCACAGGUAUCUACAGUCUGGUGAUCUCAUAAUUGGUGGAAUUAUGUCUCAGUUUUUGCUGCCUGAUCAACUGCAUAGCUUUGAUAAAGACCCUCAUGAUGAACAGAUUGAAGAAACCCUAAUACUAGCAAUUACAGCUGUAGGUUCAUUGGUGAGAAUAUAUAAUCUUUCCAUUGAGUGUAAUGCCAAUGCAGUUAUUGUUUAUUCAGAAAACAUAGCAACUUUCAGAUGGCUAUUAUACAUUCCAGAAAUUGAAUAUGAUAUAAUGCCGCCCAAAGGUAAAGUGUGGAUUCUAACAGUCCAGCAGGAACUCAGUUCAUACCCUUAUCAAAAGGGUUGGGAUUUACAAGUCAUCCAUGGUGCUUUGGGCUUCACCAUUCAGUCCAAUGAGCUGUUAGGAUUCGAUAAUUUCCUACAGACCAGAAACCAUCUGGAGACCAAAGAAGAUGGUUUUAUCAGCGAUUUCUGGCUCCACCACUUUGUGAAGAGAGUCUCAUUUAACAACAGUGCUGGGGAUGAGAUUUCUUUUGACCAGAAUGGAGAACUGGAAGCUGGAUUUGAUAUUAUCAACUGGGUGACUUUCCUAAAUCAGUCCUUUCAAAGAGUGAAAGUUGGCAGGUUGCAAGCCAGAGCCAAAGCAUUCACCAUUAAUGAAGGUGACAUCACAUGGCACAGUGCUUUCAAGCAGGCCCAGCCUAUUUCUGUAUGUUCAGACAAAUGCCAUCCAGGUUAUAGCAAGAAAAUGAAGGAAGGGGCACCAUUUUGCUGCUAUGAUUGCAUCCCCUGUCCAAAUGGGAAGAUUUCAAGCCUUGAGGACAUGGAUGAGUGUUCUGAAUGUGCAGAAGAUCAGUAUCCCAAUAAGGACCAGGAUCUGUGUGUUUGCAAGGCAGUAACAUUCUUGUCUUAUCAAGAACCACUUGGGAUCACCUUAGCCAUUUUUUCACUUUCCUUUUCUUUCUGCACAGCUUUGGUGCUAGGAAUAUUUAUAAAGCAACAUGACACUCCCAUUGUCAAAGCCAACAACCGAAGCCUUUCAUAUACUCUCCUCAUUGCCCUCUUCUUCUGCUUCCUUUGUGCUUUGCUUUUCAUUGGCCCACCUCAGAAAGCAACAUGCCUUCUCCAACAAAUUACUUUUGGCAUAGUUUUCUGUGUUGCUGUUUCAUGCAUAUUGGCCAAAACCAUGACAGUGGUUCUGGCUUUCAUGGCUACCAAACCAGGAAGUAUGAUGAGGAAAUGGGUGGGCAAACCACUGGCCAUAUCCAUUGUCCUUUCAUGCUCUCUUAUCCAAGCAUCAAUUUGUGUUAUAUGGUUGGCAACCUUUCCCCCAUUCCCAGAUGCUGACAUGCACUCAGAGACUGAAGUAAUUAUACUGGGGUGUAAUGAGGGGUCUGUGAUUAUGUUUUUCUGUCUUCUUGGCUAUAUGGGUUUUCUUUCCAUUGUCUGCUUCUGCAUAGCUUUCCUUGCCAGGAAGUUACCUGACAGUUUCAAUGAAGCCAAGUUUAUCACUUUCAGCAUGCUGGUCUUCUGCAGUGUUUGGUUGACCUUUGUUCCAACCUACCUGAGUACCAAGGGAAAAUACACAGUGGCUGUGGAGGUCUUCUCAAUUUUAGCCUCUGGUGCUGGUUUACUGGCUUUCAUCUUUUUACCAAAAUGUCACAUUAUUGUGCUGAGGCCUGAUUUGAACAACAGGAAACGACUAAUUAAUUGA